AUGGGUGUUGAAGACAUAUCCGCGGAGGAGCUGGAAAAGGCGACAAGAUCCUUUGUUUCAAUAGAAUCGGCUACCCAAAUAAGCAGAAGAUACGUCCGAAAAAAGCUAGAAGAAAUUUUUAACUUGGAGGAGAAUUCCCUGUACGAAAGGAAGAAAGAGAUUAACGACAUUGUUGCCAAGGUGUUGACAAAUCUCCUGGAAGAGGAAAAUAGGAAAAAAAAUGAAGAAUUGCGCUCUAAGGAUGCAAACGCGAACAGCGUAGAAACGAAUGACAAAGCUGAUCAGAAUGGGGAAAACUGCAAUUCGAGAAAAAGACGCAAUAGCCAGAACAAGACGAAGGGAGAGAUUGUUAAAAAGGAAAACAUGAAUGAUGAUAAAUCGUCUAGUGCAGAAUCAGACAGCAAUGAUAAAAGUUCAUCUAAAAAGAGGAAAAAAAAUGACGAGCCCCUUUCCGCUAGGAAAAAACAAGCCAACGUAAUGACGAAGGAUUAUUUCCUAGACAAUUCCGAGUCCCUACUUUGCAACAUAUCGGAUAACAUAAAAUUAAAACUGGAGCCACGAAUUUUCAGCACGGGCAGUUGCGGAUGGCACAUGAUGGACAAGGUAUAUCUGCUAGUUGGGGAUCACAAUGUCCUUUGCCAACUUUGCAUUAACUGUUCAGUUAUCGGCAGCAAGCAGUGGAAUUGA